AGAACUAAUCAAAGUCAUUAACUAAAGAAAACAAGUUAAAAUUAAUUAAAGAAAGGGGACAAUGGAAUGUUUCUUGGAAGCGUUGAAAACACAACGUUUUAACAAUAACAUAAAUCGAGACAUUCAGCCGUUUGGACUUUAUACAAAUUGGGAAGCGAGAAAGCGGAUAGUUUUUAUCAGCAAUUCAAAAAUAUCUACGUAGUGCACCGAAUUAAAGCGGAACCCGUUAAGUGUAUCAAAAACGGCGCAUCAGAAAUCAGCUGGUUAACACUUUUCUUUUUAAUUGAAAGGACACACAACGGAGAAUACAUGCACAAACGGUAACUGAUAAAAGAAACGCGGGCCUACAAGUGUUCAAACAGCAUACAUGUAGUAGUGCGUAGUAGAUUAGUGUCCACCAAAUAAAACAGAUGUGUAUUAUGUGUGUGGACAGGUGUUGCACGUUUUAGGUUAUGUUUUCAAGUCAUCUUGGUAGCUACUAGAAGUGAUUAAUUAUGAUCUAAGUCACCACUUCAUAAAUGACAGGGGGAUUAUUAGUUAUUAAUAAAAAAGUGUGUUUAGUUUAAAUGGGAUAUUUUUGGAAAUUAAAACAUGGAAAUCGAAGAUCAGGACUCUAUGGAGGGGACUUACGAUUUGUACAAAAGAACGAAACAUAUUCCCGCUAUAGAAGCAUCAAAAGUAUAUUUAUUAAUGCCAUACAAUGUGCCGGUAUCAAGAACGGCACGUUUACAAUGGUUGAUAGAACAUUUAAAUACUAUCGUUUUAAUUCCAUCCUCAACCCAGAUGUUUUCUAACGAUGAAUUAGAAAUAAUAUCAGCGAUUCCGAUGGAUGGAAACCCGUCGUUAGGCAAUAAUCAUUAUCUAAUAACGAGCAAUACGCAAUUAGAAUUUCUUGCUCAUUCGUAUAGAUUUGUGUAUUGUCUCGAUAUGAGCCCUUCGCAGGCUUCCGUAGAUCUUCAUUUAAAUGAAAUACUCUUCGAUGAAAUUAUAAAUAGUUUUGAGACGAGUCUUUUGGGUCUGUGUAAACGGUUCACCAUUCCAGGUAACGCACAGGUUUUUCAACCGUGCAUUUAUCUAACUGUGAUAGUCAACACUCCGUUCUUCAUAAGUCCAGCUCAACAGGUGCUAGUGAAAGGGGUUCAGGUAUCUAGUCAGAAUGUAGCUGAAAUUGUUUAUUCUGUUCGGACGCAGUUUCAUUAUAUAGAAGGUCGAAUAGCGCACAUGUCUGCGUUGGCCUACGAUGAAAUCGAAAGGUUAGCGUCGGACAAUGAAGAUUUUAUUAGUCAAGAAGCUCAAUAUAGUUCAAACAUACCGUUGGUACCUUCCGAUGCAAAUUUUGUCAACAUGUUGCGAUAUUCUAUGCUUGCAUUGUCCCUUUUACCGGAAAUUAGUCUUAGCCAUAUUAUCAUUAUAACCGAUGGAGUUGUAGCGAUGCCCGAUUCGAAUAUAAUGGAAUCAAUUAUCUUCCAAUUGCAUUACGAUAGCAUAUCGCUCUCUUUUAUAAAAGUCGGAUCUGCUUUCACACCGCAUUUAAGCGCGGGAUGCGUCGCGUAUUCCGAUUUACUUCAUUUUUUAUCUUGUUCAACACUUGGAAUUUGUUUAGAAAGUUUACCUCCACCUAAUUCAUCAAAAAAUAUGAACACCUUCCAACAACUUUAUUUAUUUUGGUCAUUUAAUAGCAAAGUACAAAUUAGUCAAUCAACAGUACAAAAAGAGUUACCAUCGCGUCCAAAUACAUUUUGUUAUGGUGUCCCACCAUUACUUACCAAAAAACAAGCUGAAAAUGACGUUAAAGUGCCUCUUUUACUUCUACUUUAUAGGCGGAUGAGGGAAGGUUACACAGUCGGUAAAGUUAGUUUAAAUAACGGUAUACUAGAAGUCCGAUUGAGCAGGCAUUGGAAAGCUUAUAUUUAUAUUCAAUAUAUCUUAACAUCAUCUUGGCCCGUUUUCAAGAAUGUGACGCAUUAUGAAAUACACGUGACAGCUCCAUAUGAUUUUUUACAUGACAUAACGUGCCUUAUGAAAAAAGAAACGAAAUCGUCAUACCGUCAGGCGGUAUUUGAAAAAUUUUGGCUCCAUUUGAUACAAUUAGCAACGAAUGAUAUAGUCGUUCAAUUAAGCUCGUUUCAAACAUCCAAUGUUUGGUAUACGUUACCCGAAAGCGUUAAAAAUGGCGUGCCGUUAUUUACGGCGAAUGAGUCGCAAACAUACGACUCGAACAAACUGAUUUUGUCGGUGAACGGCAAGUCAUGUCCGAAAUUUACGUCGAUUUGGCAGCCCAUUUGUCAAAUAGAAACCAGUAAUUGGAGGAAAUGGUUUCAUGUGCACAAGAUUUCUUUGAUUUUGAAACACGACAGUCCGCUAUCAAAGUAUGUUCAUUUAAUGAAUCCUUCUGGUAGAUACGAGAUAGUUCAAUGUCGCCUCGCGGCUACAUCGUUGUACGAAUUCCUUUCAAAAUGGUCCUCGUUUGUCCUAAUUGAUAAUCAUACGUAUCUAAAGUUGAUAGAACGUGAGAAUAAUUCGCCGUUAUUUUGCAUUAUUCGAAUAACGUUAAAGUUUCCUUGUACAACGUUAACGGUUGGGUUUAUGACGGGGACUUCCGGUGGGAUACGUUUUAAAGUUCUCGAAGAGUUACGGAAAGAUUUAUCUCAUUUAACGUAUUUAUCAAACCCGAUUAAAAAAAGAGAAAGUAAAUGUUGUACGCUUUUAAAUAAACCUUUAGAGAAAAUUUGUAUCAAAUACGAACGCGUCCCUAGUGAGUUCCAUACUGUUAUAUUUCCGGAUGGGACGCAGCCUCCCCACAGUUCUCAAAGUCUUCCCGUUUCACCGUUAGCUGGAACUUUAUUCACAACGCUGUCUAGGUAUUUGUUUCACCAACGGUGGAUUUGGAGCGGAAAUUAUCACGCGAAUCCCAAAUUAGAAAUGAGAGCUAUUUCAAGAAUUUUAACCACAAUUACGAAAAUUCGAUUAAAAGAAGGGUUUCAUUUGGCGCAUUCGGCUUCCGGAAUAAUUACAAUGGUUUUAGAAUUACCCAUGAGCCCCGCUUUAAGUUGUAUCGUUCAAUAUGUUUUAUUUCCACCUCACGAUGCUUUGGCGUACGAUGCCGAUAGUUUCUCUGAGGACGAACAAGAAGGCGAAACUGACACCGAACUUCAAAUUGUUACCGAAGUUUGGAUUGAACCUCAAUAUGGCACAGUUGAAGUUAAUCAAUCUUCUAGAGUACAAUACAUGGAAAAUAAAUAUUAUUAUGAAUUAAGCGACGAAAUACGUCGAUCUGAUUAUAAUUGUGUCAACUCUUUAUUAACACUUGAACAUCUCAGUUUGAUGUGUCAACAAAAACAAAAUGAAAUUUUUGAUUCGCCCAGGCUCUCUAGGCAAAGCUCAAGUUUUCGAUCUCAUAUGCUCUCGAGAUGCGCUGCGGAUGAUAAUGGCAAAAAUGACGAAACCGGUUCCGUUUGGAUUCCACUAUUAGUACAACGAAUACAACAUAUUCCAUUUACUUUCAAUCCUAUUACUAUUUUAAAAUUAUGUCAACAAACUGAAUUAUUAUUUUCGAUGUUUUCAGAAGGUAACAAUGAUAGAAAAGGAGACGUUGAAAAAGCGAAUCUUUUAUUACUAGAAAAUUUAUACAACGAUAUGAUUUGCCUUCACGAUCGUGAAUUAGAAAUCGAAGAUUCAAUGAAAUUUACGGAACAUAUAUUUUCAAGACAUCCGAGUGUUUCGCGUGAAAUCCCGAACGUUCGAUGGCGUUGUUUUUUAAAAGGAGUCUCCGUAACGCACGUUAUAUUAGCGUUUAUUCCAACGUCAAUAGAUGAUUUAAAAAAUUACGUUACUUGUGUUGAUUCGGAGACGUUGUGUUUACCAAUUUACGUGUAUGAUUGCCCGUUGGGUUUGCUAGUUGACGCGUGCGUUGAAAAUCAAGGUGCUAAUUUAUAUAAAAAGGAUGUGUUUCAAGAUCAUCGUUUUAAAAUGAUCGAGGAUCAAGAUAAAUUUAAUUUAGAGGAAGAGAUUUCGUUAAAUCCCGAAGAUGGCGAUUCGGAAGAAACUGAUUACGGAACUAACGUGAAGCAACAUUGCAAAACGAUCGCUUUAACGCAUUGCAAAUGUUUUGUGACUUCGCUUUAUGCAGCUUUACAUCAAAAUUUGUAUAUUAAUCGUGGUGAUGUUCAAGCUGCUAUGGAUCAAUGCGAAGAAACCAUUUAUAAAAUUGAUAUAACUGAAUAUUUACAAACGAUUUGUGGGCAUUUGAAAGAUAGCGAAGGUGAUAAAAUAUCAUUAAUAUCGUUAGAACAAUAUAGCGCAUUAAAACCGAUACAUUCAUUGAUAAAAGAAAAAUUUUAUUCCAUCACCAAUAAAGCUUUCACUGUCAUUCCGACGAAUCAAGAAUUCUAUUUUUGUGAUAAUUUAAACAUCGCUAAAUUGGAAGAUAAAAGUACAGAUAGCGAUGAUGAAGUUAUUUCUGAUAACGUCGAUUUCCAAUCGGAUAGUUACACCAGCACUGUUCAUCAACAAAAUGGCACCGUUUUUGUUCCGAUGACUCCUUUAUUUUUACACUACGUAGCUACGGUUCAAUACGAUGAUUAUCACGAGAAUAUCCCCGUAAAACUUUUACCAACGUGCCUUAAAGAAAUAUGCGACGUCAUCGACGUCGAAAUAACACAAAAAUGUAAAUUGUAUAUAAGCCUCGACGUUUUAUGCUUAACAUUACCCGGCGAUGUCCAGAAUGUAAUAACAGGUUAUUCAAGCAAAGGAUUAAGAACAACGUCGUUUUGUUCCGAUGGGUUUCAACUUAGCACUAGCGGCUCAGCCUCGGAAGGUAGUUGUAACUCAAGUUUUAAUUUAGAAGAAUUGGGCGGGUUAUCAAACGUUCCCGAUAUUCAAAGACGUGCGAUUCACGACCUAAUUGAAGAAAUUAAAUGGUUAUUAAAAGACGAAAUAGCGCAUUCCUUGUUAGAUGUUAACCCGGUUACCGAAAAUACUUUAAAAUUCGUCUCGAAACAUAUUGCGGAAAGUAGAUCUCGAGAGUCAUGUCGAAUGGACGUCAUCGAAUUAAAUUUUGUUUAUAAACCAUCUCAAAGCUACGAAAAAUUUAUGCAAGAGUUCGGAAAAAUUUCAGUCCCCGAAUAUCAACUCUGCCAAGUUGAUGAUAUAUAUUACCUUUCAAAAUUAAACGAAGAAGAUGUUUUUACCGAUUACGACAGCGAUUACAAUUUAGAGGAAGACUCAAAAUUCCAAUGGUUAAUAGAAUUACAUAAAAAGCGAAAGAAUUUGCCAAAUUUUUGGCUCAUCAUGGAAAUACAUCACGAUGCAGUUACAAUAUACUUUCAUUGUAGAUACUUAGAAUUACCCACUAUUCAUGUCGGUGUUUAUUUGAAAGUCCAACGCGAUAUUCACGACGCCAUUAAAGAUUUAUGCAAACAAGUGAAUCAAUAUUUAUUAUUGCAAUCAUUACACGAUACUCGAACAUGCAACGUUCUUUUAGAACCCGAUGAUUCUUUAUCAGAAUGGAAAAACGACACCGCUACUAAUUCCGGGGCUAAAUCAUUUUCGCGGUUAAAAUGUAUGGAAGAAAGUAACGAUGAAUGCGAAUUAUAUUCGGCAACACUAACGGAAGCUUCGUUAAAAUUUAAAGCCGGUUAUUUUAGUUGUCCCGUUGUUUGGGAGACACAUUUCGUUUUACACCCACGAUUUAAAACCGGUCCGGGUAAAGCGGGGUUGUCCGCGGGAAUAUCAACUUUAAAAACAGUUUUAGAUAAAUUUUCCGUUACAAACCGUUGCAACAUGUUUGUGUAUCAAGACAAUAAAAUGAACGUUUUUUAUUUGCGUUUACACGAAAAUUAUAAUUAUUAUAAUAAAAAUUCUCAAUCAAAAUUGAACGAAUUUGAAAACGUUUCGCGGAGCCCUUCCGUCACAUCUUUACCGUUGGGGCAUCAAAAAAGUACUUUACCUGUUGAUGGAACGGUUGUUUCUUGCGCGAUCGCCGAUGUUCGUCCGAGAGUGCGUUCGUUUGGCGAGAAAGAAACGAAAGAAGAUCCGCAUGAAGAUACAAUCAUAUUAAGAGUACAUGGUAUAACCGAAACGGGGCAAGACGUCAGAUGCGAAUUAGUUCAAGUUUUACAAAACAGACUCGAUGAUGCUGUUUUAGACAACCUUUCAUUGACUUUAGCAAGAAACUCGAUGUGCCCAUUAACAGCGGAUGACGUUCGAUUUCUUCAAAAACCAUUUAAACCCCCCGAAUACGUCAUACGAUUUUUUAUCCAAGAAUAUUCAAUUAAAUUACUCGACGCGUUUACGUAUUAUUUGCGCCAAAAUUUACUUCAAUUCUUAAACAUCCCAAAAUAUACGGGCGAUUGCAAACCUCAUUACCAAUUUAAAGAUUACUCCGAAUGCGAUCAAGCCAAUAUUAUAACAGAAGAUAACAUAUUUAUUUACAAUCAAACAUCAAUGACCGGAAAUAAAGGCAUUUCUUGCAUCGCUUUGGCGGUUAUGGACCACACCAGAGAUCAACCACGAGGGGAAGUUGAUUUCCAAGAACUUUUAAAACGCAAAGAAGACGACAUCGUCGAAUGCGGCGUAAUCGAAACGGAAGAUAUACUUCCUAGUACGUAUUUAGAGUUCCGAUUAUGGAACCAAGGACGUGUUAAUAUGGAUAAUUUGUUUCAAAAGUUAUACACAAGCGCUAGCCACGCUAAUUGGGAUAUAAUAAUCGAAUACCACAUGCUUAAAAAACAACUAUGUGUCGAAAAAAUCGAAAAUAACACAAACAUAAAAAUUGAUUCGUUACAAAACGACGGUGUUGAGCAACGCAAACAAGUUAUUCUCGACGCUACGAUAGAACCCAGCAAUAUGAAAUCGAGAAUUAUAAAUUAUGAGUUAAAAUUUGAUAAAUUGCCUUCUCAGACGUAUAAGAAACGGUUAACGGAGAAUUUAUCGGUCCAAAAAUUACUUACGAGAGAUUUAUUCGUUAAGGAUUUAUCAAAAAAUUCUAUCCCUAAACCAAUGGUUAAAAUGGAUCCUUAUGAAUUAGGCGAGGAAGGCCAACUUUCUGAAACAUACCGCGUUAUUUUACCCAUGUGGUUUAAAUUUUCUGAUAUCCUCGGCGUCCCUUCAGUAAGAAAAACAAUUUUAAAUCUAUGUAGCCAACAUUCCUUACAUACGGUAGUUAAAGAACUACAAGGACUUAUCGGAAAUAUAUCAUCAGAUGCCGUUAGAGUCUUCAUUUACGAUAGCCAUUCCGAUACUUACCGUCCUUACAUCUCCACUUCAUACUCAAACGAAUACAUUUUGAUUGCGAGAAGUUUUAAUCAUUGGAAAAUAUGUCAAAAUGGUGAUGCAAACUUAGCUAACGAUACAUCAUUAAAACAAAUUUUUAAAUACCCGCCAACAUCGAUAAAUAAUCGCUUUAUACCCCGACAAAGAAUUUUAUGGGCUAAAAUAACCAACACCGAGGUUACUUUAUACGUUUAUAACUGGUCGAAAGAUGCGAUGGAUAAAUUAAUAGAUCAAACGACUAAUUUAAGUCAUUGGCUAUGUAUGAGAGGAUGUCUAUUAUCUUCGAUUACCGCACAAAAACUCGGAAUGUUUCACGAUCAAAUUAUAAGUAGAUCGCCUUUCGUUGGCCCAAACAACCCAUAUAUAAAUAGUAUGUGCGACGUAGAUUUGAUGUCGAAAUUUCCAAGGGAUCGAACAAGAAGGUCUCAAGCAAGCGUAAACGCAAUCCCAACAUUCAUAGAGUCCUUUAAAGACACUUAUCGAAUCAUAUCGCCUUAUAUGGAUUCUGUAGUAACGAAUAUGUUGGAAAUGUGCGAGAUAAAACAGUCGAAUAAACGACACCGUGAUGAUUUAAAAGCUUUGCACUCGAUGUAUCAAUCGCGAAGUAGCACUGCAACGCAUUCCCAAAUACAUAUUUUGAUGCAAAAUUCAAGAAAUAUUCACUAUUGUCAUACGCCGUUAUUAUUUUUAUCGAGAUGGCGAGUAAAGGCGGCGAGAACUCGAGAUCACACAAUUGUACCGACUGGCGAUACAAGUUUCGAUUUGCAAAUGGACGAACAAGACGAAUCGUGGCAUCAAGAAUUGUGCACGUACUUUAUUUCCGAAUACAAACAUUAUUUGCAAACGUUGGGUUUUAUGACAUUACAAGUUGAAAAGAAUGAUAAAAAAUCGUCGAAUUUUUUAUUCGAAAACAUCCAUUUUAUGCAAAAAGCUUUGUUAGGGGGAAUUUUAAUAUUUACGAUUGAAUUAAAAGAACCUUUCUUGAUAACGAAACUCCACGCGAUUGAAUACAAUCGGUUACACAAUAAUAACACAAAAGCGGCAAUAAAUCAGUUUAUGCAAAGCUUUCUCGACGAAUGUGAUAAGGUCAAAUUUUUUAUGCAUUUGCAUUCGUUUACAUACGAUUUUCAUCUACGCUGCGUAUGUAAUUAUGUCUCUGAAAACAACAACAGCAAAUUAAAAGACGGUUAUUAUAUAACAAGUUUUUUAAACGAUUUUAUGAAAUAUUACAGCAAAGCGCCAAAUUACGCGAGAAAUUUGGUUUACACCGAUACCGUAAAAAUAUCAAAUUUAUUAACGGACGGAAAACAAUUAUACAACUUCUUAUUAGCUCAUAUUAAACAGUACCAAUUUAAACAUAUCAUCAUGAGAGAUAACAAAGUUUCCGAUGAAGUCGAAUACAUAUUAGUACAAACCACAAACACACCUCAAUUAUCUUAUAAAGACUCGCAAGAUAGACAACACACCGACGAUUUUGAUGUAACAUCGAUCGUAACGGACGUAAGUCCUUACGACAACGGAAAAGAUUACUGCCUCCACAUGAAAUAUUACUUAAUAUUAACAUCCCGAAGAGAAAUAUACCCGAAAUUCGAUAACGAAAAGAAACUCGGAAAAUUCCGGACAGUUAUUUCACUUAAAAGCGAAAUCGAAAAACCCAAAGACGAAGUCAUCUUAAACGAAUUAGAGAUCGAUACCAACGAAACCGAUUUGUUAUCGCCGAUCGAUGGGGCUUCGCUUGAAUCGUCUUUAGAAGAUUCAAAAUACGAUAAUCGCAGCUUUUCGUCGGAACGCGAAACCGACGAUUCCGAUGAGAUCGAAAAUCAAAAACCCAAAGACAAAACUAAGCCGCGGCAACGCGUCGAAAUUAAACAAGAAUCUGUAAAUUAUUUAGGUUAUUAUUCUUCGCAUGAACAAUUAAUGCAACAACUUAUUUUGGAUUGCGCGAAUUCCACGGAAACGAGACUCCGUGAAAUGGCUUCACAAGGAACAAUACAUUGUCGCACACACAUGCUUUGGAAUAAAUUGUUAUCGACGCAAGAAUCAAAUAAAUUAACGUUUGAAGAAUUUUCCGAAUUAAAAUCGUUGGCUAAACAAGAAAAUUUAGCGGAAGCUCACCCGAAUUUGGAAACGUUAUUAAAAGAACCCAUACAAUGGUACCAAGAUUUUGCAAAACUUCUUGUUAUGAAAUACUCCGAACAUUAUCGAGUCUUUGUGUCACCCGACGAGUCUAUUUGGCAUUAUGUAAUUUUACAUCCAAGGUAUUCGGGAGCUUUUAUGAUGUUAUCUUUGGAUUUGGAUAUUUCAAGAGGGAAUAUAUACAUUGUAAAUAGACCGGCUGAUGAUGUAGAAGAAUCCCACAUGUGCGUUAGAGACCGUAACGCCUUGAUAAACGGUUUUAUAAAUUGUGUUUGUUUCUACCUGUGGAUGAACAUGAUAUAGCAUCAUGUUAAGUUUAAAAUGUAAAAGAAUUGUGUUUUUUUUUAAUACUGUUUUAAGUCUAAGGAGAGUUUUAUAAUAUUUUUUUAUAAACUACAAAGUGCCAUAUUUUUAUCAAAAUAAAACACGUGCAAUAUUAAGAGAAAAUGUUACGUUUCGAAAUGAUCGUUGUGAUAAAACUUAGGAUUAGAUUUAAUGUUGACGAAAAAGUUCAAUAAAGUUUUUUGAUAUAAAA